CGUGCUUUUAAGUGCGCGAGAUUUGGAAUUAUCAAAUGUCCAGCAAAGUCGUUAAUCCGAAAACAAAAAGAAGUAGAUAUCCUCGAACAGUUGUCCAGAAGUUGAAGUCUGUCGGGCAAGCUAUUGAACCUAAUUUACCAGUAAAUGGUGUCUCGGGUGCUGAUAAACCAUCUUCAAACAAUGCAUACUGUUCUCAUUGGUCUCAUGAUGACCUAAUUUCGGGUGUCAGAAAUGGAACACUUCUAUCAGGUAACCUUCGUAUCAAUCCGAAAAGCUUCGAAGAUGGAUACGUAAAGCACCCGGUAAAUGAAAUUAUUGAGUUUAUUAAAAUAUGAAGGCUGGUGAUGCUGAUGUAUAUAUCUCAACUUUAGCAUCCAGAAACCGAGCACUACCAAAUGAUAUCGUUGCUGUCAUGCUGGAACCAAAGCGUAACUGGAGGGUAUUUGAUUCUUUUAUCGAUGAAGCCAUGAGAGAAAUCGGGGAUUCAGAUCAGAAGAAGAAACUUAGAUAUGUUACUUUGGAACAGUUUCUGAAGAUUCAACCUAUGGGGUUAGAGCAACUCAUAGGAAGUUGUCUUGCAGAAGAGAUUGCACAGGAUCUAGAUUCACCUUCAGAUCCUAUUGAUUCCUCCUCAAGUGAGCAAGAUGUGAAAAGUCACAAAGCUUGGUGGGCGAUUAUACAAAGGACUGGCCAUGUUGUUGGAAUCCUUCAAUCGAUACAUUCCCGUGCUUUCAUAGGAAAUCUUCAAAUUCCUAGUAAUUUCCAAACCCCGAAAAAAGUAUCUCCGAAAGGUGAUCAGAAUAAUAGCCAAUCAGAGGCUAUACGUACAGAUCCAGUUCUGUCCAAUUGGAGGAAUGCUGUGCUCAUACCUACGGAUACACGCCUACCACGAGUCUUCAUACCUCGUGAAGCUUGUCCGGAAGGAUUCCUGAAAAAUCCCGAAACCUACAAAAACGUUCGUUUCAUUGGUCGUAUCACUGAAUGGCUUGAUUCGAAUAUGUUCCCGAAAGGGGAGUUGUUACGAGAAUUGUCUUGUGACUCUUCCACUCUGAUUCAGGAUGAAACGGAUAGGAUUUUAGUUGGGGCAGGAUUUAUUUGGGGUGUGGAUGCAGCUUUCCAGUUUCCUGAUAUUGUCACUGAAUCAGUUCGUAAGUCUGUUGAUGACGUGAAUGCUAUUCGUGAGAAGGAUUUUAUUUUCCGUAAAGAUUUUCGAAAACAUUGUGUUUUUACGAUUGAUCCCAGUACCGCUAGAGAUCUUGAUGAUGCUUUGCAUAUUAGACAGUUGGAACCGAGUGAAAUAGAAAAAUUAGAAUGCAGUGGUUAUCAAAACGCAUUUUACGAGGUUGGUGUACACAUAGCUGACGUUUCAUAUUUUGUGAAACCAGACAGUCCAGUUGAUAAGGAAGCGGCGUCCAGAGCAACUUCUAUAUAUUUAGUGCAACUGUGCGUGCCUAUGCUUCCGCGUCUACUCUGUGAAGAACAAUGCAGUCUUAAUCCAGGAGAAGAUAAGUUAGCGUUUUCUGUGGUAUUCAUUGUAACUGAGGAUGCCAAGAUUUUAACAACAUGGUUUGGUCGUACAUUUAUUCGUUCUUGUUGUAAACUCAGUUAUGAAGAUGCUCAGGAAUUUAUUGAUCACCCUGAUAGGGACUGGUCGUCCAAUGAAUUUGUCAAGGUAGAUCAACCAUAUACCGUAAUGGAUAUUUGUAAAAAUGUCUUGAAGUUAAACGAUCUGGCUACUAAAAUGCGUAAAAGUCGUUUUCACUCUGGAGCGCUUCGCUUAGAUCAAGUAAAGUCUACCUUUUCUCUUAAUAACGAAAACGGACUACCAUUGGGUAUAGCCCCUUACAUUUCGAAGCAGAGUAAUUGGCUUAUUGAAGAAUGGAUGUUAGCAGCAAACAAAUCAGUUGCUGAACGCUUAGCUAAAUACUUACCCGACUCAGCUUUUUUGAGACGACAUCCACCACCAUCUGUAAAACAGCUGACCGAAGUUUCGUCUAGUCUAAAUGUUGCUGGGAUAAAUAUUAAUAUUGAUUCUGCCGGUUCAAUACAGGAUUCAAUUUGCCGUGAAGCAGGUUGUAAUGUUGAAGUUGGAUAUCACUACUCAGAUGCCCUUGUCAAAUUGUGUGAUGAUUUUAUGUCCAAUGUUUUGAUUCAUGAUGGGGAUUUAAUAGAAGAAAUGCAAAAAGUGGACCUCAACUCAGUUGUUCAAAAGGAGAAGUUACCACUCAAAACUCUCGAACAUGAAGCACGACUUCUUGUUACAGUUGCUUUAUUGACUAAAACAAUGAAUUUGGCUGUCUACUUCUGUUUAGGUCUACUACCAUCCGAGUUAUCGCCUUCACAUUAUGCUUUAAAUAUGCAAUUGUACACACAUUUCACUUCUCCUAUUCGUCGUUACGCAGAUGUUAUUGUUCACCGGCAAUUGUCAUCUACUUUGGCCAAAGAAGAAAGUGAUCCUGAAAAAGCAGAUUGGUAUUUAAGUACAGCCUUUCCAAAAGAAAUGACGCCAGUCGAAUUGCAACAACAAGCUGAGGUUUGCAAUUCUAAAAAAUUGUCUGCCCGACUUGCUGGGGAAGAAAGUGCUGAAUUAUUCUUUGUUCUGUUUGUCAAGGAAACAGGUCCAUUUAACGAAGUAUGCGCCGUAACAUCUGUGCUCGAUCGUUCAUUUGACGUUCUUAUCCUUUCUUGCGGUCUCACUAAAAGAGUUUAUUUACAGAAUCUAAAUUUGAAAAGUUAUGAAUUUGUUCCUUCCAAAACCGCUAUGGGAAAAGUCGUGGAGAGUGGAAAACUCUGUCUUCUGUGGAAUAGUGAUUUAUUAGAAAAUUCCAAUAUAAAGGGUUCGGAUUCUGCAGAUUGUAUUCAAAAUAUUACUGUUGGUUCGAAAACUACAUUAUCAAGUUGUGAUUGCUUUUAUAUGGAAAUUAAAGUUUUUGAUGUUGUCCGGUGUCGCGUUUCAGUUGAUUCUUGCAGUUCAAUAGACGAUGCCAGUCAAGGUGGUCGUCAAAAUACCUUAUUGCCAAAAUUACGUGUUACACUGCUACGGUCAACAUGUAAAGAAUGUCACGUUGUUUAGUUAACUAAAUAACUUUCAUUAAUGAAGAAUUGGACAAAUUGUACAAUGUUGUAAUAUAUGUAUAACUAAAUGCUACCUUUCUACAUUUGUGAAAAUAAUUUGUUUUUGUUUAUAGACAUCCUUUUGUUUACUAAUAAGCUUUGAUGUUACGGUUGUACUAUUAGUAUAUUAUUAUUGUUAAAUAUAUUUUGUGGUUUAUAAGUUAGGUCCCUCAUCGAUUUUGUAAAUUUGAAUUCUUGAAUGUUCUUUUAUUGAGUACAAGUAAAUAUGUAUGAAUACGACAGAUUAGCUGGUCGAUAAAAUACUGUAGUGAAUAAUCGCUAGGUGAUUUCAAACUGAGUGCAGUAGGUUUGUAAAAAUGGCCAUACAUGUAGCAGUGGAACUAUCAAAGCUAUUAUCCCAUGCUUCAUAUAUCUCUCUGCAGCUGAUUAUUUUUAGGACUUUCAACCAGUAGUGCGCACUAUUAUAAAUACUUCAGCUAAACAGACAAAGUGGCGUUGCUAGAACUUGAGAAAUACGUGUGAUUCAUAGUCUAUUACUGACGUUUUUAGUGGCUUGAGCAGUUUGGUAGUAAACUGUAAUCAGUUUAUAUAAGGUGUUUUUGUCUAGCUUUAAAACCAAAACAUUAUUUAUUUAUUUUAACACAUAGAUAUUGGUACAAGGAGGCACCAAAUACAUAUGCGCCACACAAAUCUCAUUCGAUAUGUGUGAGGGCUGUGAUACUGCCCGGGUGCCCAAACCGAAGCAGGUGAUUUUAUUAAAAGGCCACACCCCGAGCCUUCGACCUGUAGGUCUGAUCCACAAGGCAGUGGAGCAUCGUAAAGAGAUGCAGUCCCAUGGAAGCCGGUCACCAACAAUUGGUUCAUAUGCCAUUUGUUCCCGCAGGAUGCUGGAGCCCAUGUGCACCAUUGAUUUUGUUUGGAAUGAGGUUAAAGCGCCGGACAUUCGCUUUUCGUCCUCUCAUUUUCGUAAACAACACCACCGCCAUGAGAAGGCAGUGAGUAGGACUUCCCUGGCAGAGGCUAUAUCCGCGAGGCCACGUGAGAGCAUUUCGAGAGGGAGAGCGGACUCACCCCACUCUCGGCUGUACCAGGGCAUUUGGGGGCAAGACAUGCUUAAAGUCAAUACUUAUAUGGCUAAAUCUUGUCUCCACAUGAGUCAAUGCGUAUUCAUUUCAGGUUCGAUGUUGACUAUCACUGAUAUUUAAGUGUAAACUUUGUUCGUGUUUCCACAACCGCGUGUACAGCCACUGCCAGGGAAGUCCUGCUCAUUGUCUUCUCGCGGCAGGGAUAUUGUUUACGAAGUCGAGAGGACGAAAAUCUAAUUUUCGGCUCUUUAACCGGGUUGAUGGAUGAGGAGGAUCCAUCUAGCGGAGUUGGGAAAAAUCCUGAUUCCAAAUCAAUAUUUCAUAUAUGCUCCAGAAUCUUGUGGGCAUAAAUGGCAUAUGAACCUAUUGUUGGUCACUGACUACUAUGGGACUGCAUCUUCUAACGUUACUCCACUGCCUUAGACCUUUAGGUCAAUGGCUCAAGGAGUGGUCUCCUAAGAAAACCAUUUGCUCCAGUUUGCGAUCCCGGGCAGCAUCCUAGUUCUCACAGAAAUCAAGUGAUUUCUGAGGCUCAUAUCUAUUUGGUGCAUCCUUGUACCAAUGUUUAUGAGUUUAAAUAAAUAUUAAAAUGUCUUAUAUACGCACGUAAAAGCGGAACACGACGUAGCUAAUGCUGUAACUUUUGCUUUAGAAAUAUUUUGUAUUAUAUAGCACUGCAUAAGUUUUUUAACGCUGCAUUGGUGAUCACUUUUGUUCAUUAUUGGUGUUCUGAAAAUUCUGAUUGUUGAAGAAAAUGUUGCUUAUAACUUGUAGUAAUUUUUUAUUCACAUUGGCUAUUCAGUUAUAUUAGUCAUUUGAUUUUUCUGAAUAUAUUAAACAUGAUUGUUUUUUGACAAUGUUAAUUUUGUCCGACGUUUAUACAGUUAAACUAUCGUUUGAACUGAGCAAGGACAACAACUUUUGUCAUUCAAAUUAUACAUUUAUAUUUCAAUUCUUUUGCUUUCGUUUUCGAUUUACUUUAUAUUCGUC